UUUUAAUUCUUUUCUCCAGCAAACAAAACAAAACUCCGCCGUUGCUCUCUCCACCUCUGUUCGUUCGUGACUUGCAAACUCAAACCUUGGUAAUCUCCGCGCCGCAAAAGAAAACCCUAGCCGCCGCCAUGGCCUUCCUCGCCGGCGCAGCCUCCAUCCGCAGCCCCUUCGCCCUCGUCUCCUCCUCCCGGCGCCGGUACGAUCUACCCACGGCCGUGAAGGCCACCACCAAUUCGAAUUCGGUUCCUCCCCACCCAAUCAUCUCCUCCCUCCGCCUCGCCGCCUCCGCCGCGGUCCUCCUCGCGGCUACCUCACCGGCCAUCGCGUGCACACCGUCCCCGCCUCCGCCCCCCGCGCUCACCGUCACGGUCUCGCCCGAGGACGCCAUCCAGGACGACUCCCACCCCUUCGAGAAGCUCAUCGUCGAGACCGCCGCCCUCUCCCGUUUCGGCGGCGCGGAGGCCGCGCGGGCCCGCCUCUCUGCCGCCGGAGGCGGCGAGCAACAUGCCCGGCUCCUCGCGGCGCAGUCGCUCUUCGUGGACGGCAAGGCCGACGAGGCGAUCGCCGCCUUCGAGGAGCUCGCGCGGGAGGACCCCGGCGACUACCGCCCCCUGUUCUGCCAGUACGUCCUGUACUCUGUUCUGGGCAGGGCGGCGGAGUCGGAGUCGAUGCUCGAGCGCUGCCAGGCGAUCGCCGGCGACAAAUUAAGCGCCAAUUUGACAAUGCCGAUCUCGGCGACCAAGGAGGUGGAAGCAGGAGAGGAGGCAGAUGCUGAGCCCGUGACAGAGAAGACGGAAACAGAGGCGGAGGGGGAGAAGCUGUGAGUGCAGUGGAUUUGGAAUCGCCAAAUAAGCAUGCAGGGUCUUUGGACAUCAGUCAGAACUGGAGUGUUGCUUGACAGGUGAGCAAAGUAAGAUGGGCUCAAGUAGGAAUCUCGUGAUUCAACGGCUCAAUGGUGGCGAUUGGUAGACUUGAGGACUUUUAGGGGGUGUUUGUUUCCAGGGACUUUUUUUGUAGGGACUAGAAAAAGUCCGGGUGGUGUUUGUUUCCAGGGACUUUUUUAUGUAGGGACUAGAAAAAGUCCCUCUUAGAGACUUUUUUACCAAACGGGAGGGACUUUUUAGGGACUAAACUAGGCAUUUAGGACUAAAGGAAGAAGACUCUCAAGGAGAGUCUUUUUGGGACUUUUCCAAUAAUGCCCCUCCAUGCACCCAUUGGCCC